GGGGUCCUUGACACCAAGAUUUUAAAAGCCUCACUUUCAGAGUGAGCUUGGAAAGCUCACAGGUAAAGUUAUAUUUGUUGCAGGUUCUGGAAAGCAGCAGACCAUGAAGGGACUCAGAAGUCUGGCGGCAACAACCUUGGCUCUUUUCCUGGUGUUUUCUUUCAUGGGAAAUUCCAGUAGUGCACCCCAGAGACUCUUGGAGAGAAGGAACUGGACUCCUCAAGCUAUGCUUUACCUGAAGGGUGCACAGGGGCGCCGCUUCAUCUCCCACCAGAGUGGGAGGAAGGACCUCUCGGACCGGCCGCCGCAGGAAAGGCGAAGUCCAAAUGCCCUACUUCUAACUCUUCCAGAGGCAGCAGCUCUGCUGUUGGCUUCCUUGCAGAAGCCACAAAAAGCUGGAGAAGAGAACUUUGAUCAAACCAGAUUCCUGGAUGACAGUCUGCUAAACUGGUGAAAAUACACCAAAUUGCAUCCAGUUACAGUUCUACUCUUGUUGAAGACAUGAACCUUGUGGAUAAAACCCAUGGACCCUUUUUACUUCAUUUGCAGUCUUAGAAAUAUGCACAACUUGGUAGUUUUAUUCUUCUACAAACAAAAGUUAGGUAGAGCUCUUAGCUGAGGAUAUCAUCACUUUUUUUAAAAUAUUCAGGUCCUGUUUAGAUCAUCUUCUGUCUUACUUGUGAAUUUUUGUUCACAUUUACAAUUAUAAGACUGAAGACUCUCUGUAGUGUUCUUUUUGUUACAACAAAUAGCCAUCUCCAUCUAAUGGUUUGGUUAGUUGUUGGGUUUCUCAUUCUGUCACCCACUUGUCACUCAGCAGGGAAUCUCCUCUUUUUCCCACCUCCAAGGAUGGUGAGGGGGGAAGCGUUGUCGCAGGAUGAAAAAAAGUAGUGUGAUUCACCUAGCAGUCCAUUCAGGAGAAGUAAGCUGUUAUGAAGGGAGGGGGCAUGGGGGGCAGGCAGGGAAGCAUCCCUGGGACUGGAAGAUUCCAGUGCAACAGCUGAGAGAGGGCUCUUUGGUGAGGCUGGAGCAGGUUGUGGGUUCCACAGCUUGGAUCUCCCCCUUGUGCUCUCUGGGAUCUCCAUGAAUUCAGUUAGAAACAGGGAACUAAAAGUUACUGGCAAAGAAGCAAACGAGACACACUCUGAUCUUCUGUACAUUGUAUGGAAAGAACAAACCGGUUCUGUAGAGGUAACUCAUUUUCCAUGGCUAAACAGACUCAAAGACUGCUUGCUCUAAUUGACUAGAACUCUAGG